CGAUGUGGUAGCUCUGCCAGACGUGAUGCGUGGUACCACUAGCGACUAAUACGUGCUGUUGAAAAACAUAACAACGUGUUAUUUUAUUAAUUCGCGACUUGUGAAUUAUUUCGAUGUUUAAUAUUAACUAAUGAGACGUUGAACAAAUCGUUUAUGAUAAUAUUUAUAAAUAAAAUAUAUUAAAAACAUCCGUGUGAAAAUGAUGCGUUAAUUUUGAUGUUAAUCAUGUAGGUUAAUAGGCAGGUUAAAAAGUGAAAGAUAUGUAGAACAGACUUUACAUCUUCACCAGCGGAAACGUUAUGAGUGAUGAACAGAUUAGUGGGAGUGUUUUGUGUGACGGCGGUGCUGCUCUCAGCCGUGACAGCACUAGUGCCGCCAGUCAACAAGGGCCUGGAUCAGCUGAUUAGGGUCGCGUCCGCUACAUGUGACGCCUUGCCCCUGGAUGUGAUAUUCAAUUGGCCGUCCGUGCCUGACUUGGAUAUAAUGGAGUACUCCCGAAAGGGCAAGAGAAGUUACAAGUUGGCCAACGCUCAUUUAGCUCUUCGCCACCGCCUCCCUCAAGUGCUCGUCAUCUACAUCCCCGGAUGGUGGAACACGCCCACUGAUGAAUCUUCACAAGCUCUAGCCAAUGCUCUACUGCAUAAAAAUUCGUUCAUUCUAAUUCUGGACACACGAGUUACGUUCUGUCGAGGUUACGUUGCAUCAGUUUCGCGCGUCAAAAGUGUCGCCCAAAAGGUUUUCAAAUUAAUCAAGAACCUACAUUCAGAGGGAUACCCCUUAAGUUCAGUGCAUUUAAUCGGUUUCAGUUUAGGAGCUCAUGUAGCUGGAAUGGUGGGAAAAUCGGUACAAAGCCGUCUGAAUAGAAAAAUAGGAAAGAUUACCGCUCUAGAUCCAGCUAGACCAUGUUUUACUCACCUCUCUAAAUAUAGACUCGACAAACGCGACGCGAAGUUUGUCCACGUAAUACACACGAGUGCGGGAGUAUUGGGACUGGAGCAGCCUAUAGGGCACACUGACGUGUACGUCAAUGGUGUGUCAGCUCCACAGCCAGAGUGCCGAGAGAAGGCCGUUAGCUUGGAAUGCGAUCACGCACAGUCGUGGAAACUCUUCUCCGCUUCCGUAAUGAACGAGCGUUCGUUGAUAGGACGAAGGUGCAAAAGUUGGAACGAGCUGAGCAGCGAUCACUGCAGUGGAAAUGAGACCGCAGUGGGAUACGAAUGCAACGUCAAUAUUCGGGGUAUGUUCCUCCACAAGUCGCAAGAAGUGGAUCGCAAAAUUACAGUGUUUAAUCCUUUCGACAUAAAAACCUGGUGGUCUAGGUAACUGACGUUUUUCUAAUAAAUUAUAUUAUUAAUUAAUAAUAAAAUAAUAUUAACGUGUUGCUUAAAAGAUAUGAUAAAUAACAAACAGUAGGGUGUUUUUGAUGUUUUUAAAUAAACAUUUUAAUUUCAUUGGAAGAUAUUCGAUUCUACAGAAUGAUUCCUAGAAAUCUUUAUGUAAUUAACAAUUAGUAUUCAUAUAACAUAAUAUAAAAAAUAUUAAGAUUAAUAAGAACGGUAGAACCGUUACAAUUUAUUUUGGAACUUCAAUUCAUCAUCUGCUAUCAAGUUAGCGUUUUAAAAGUAAUGAAUCAAGUAACAUUCGUAUCAUGACUUUUAGAAUCGUACUCCUCAUUAAAAAGGUAUUUACACUUUUGUCACGUACUCGUAAGAAAAGUGUCCAAUGUUUUAACCGACUUCAAAUAAUGUCUGAUUAUUCCCGUUACUUUGUAUGUGCGCGAAUUCUUAUAGUACCUUCACGGUUAAUUUUCAUAAAUCGCGCUUGUGGAGAUUCAUGUUAAGCGACCGUGUAGUUUUUGAAUAAUAUACUCAUGGGAAGGUUUUAGUAUAUAUACGAUAUUAAUGUACCAUUCAUGAAUUAUAUAGAUGUAAUAAUCGUGUGUUAUGUAAUGUCGGUUCAUUUUU